AUGUAUGGUGUUGGCGAAACGGGCAAACGCCUGGGCACAAGAUGGCACGAACAUCAACUUGCAAUCAAUCACAAGGACAAACUGUGUUUGGUCUAUGGUCAUGUGCAGCAGCUGAACCACGAACUCGCCUUUGAGAAGGCGAGGGUGAUUGGCAUGGCCAAUGAGAAAAUGGCCAGACUAGUGCUGGAAAGUUGGUCCUCCACUAACACAAUCAACAGAGCUAUAGACUUGAACCUUGCCUACCAGGCGCUCCGCACUAGGUUCGGAUCAAGCCGGCCAGGGCGAACGAGUACGCAGAACCGAGAACCUACGUUCACGAAAAAUAAGGGUGGAGGUCACGAGGCCAAC